CGCAGAGCCCACAAACAGCAUAACCAUCCAAUCGCAGCCGAACACCUUCAACUUAGCUCUCUCUCUCUCUCACCCCCUUCUCUCCUCGGUAGCCUCUCUGUAGAGUUUGUAGGUAUCUCUUCCAACGAGGAGGCGAGAGCUGGCCAAUUUGAUCCAUUCUUUCACGCUUGUUGUCUACUUGCUUUUCUUUUUCUUUUUUCUCUUUUCUUUGUUGCUCUAGCCUCAAGGAAAAGGAAGAAAGAACUGAGCUUUCCCACCUUUUUCUGUUUCGAUAAUUCAGAUUGUCCUCUGUUCUCACAGUUUUCUCAGUUGGGUUUCUGGGGUUGCUCUUGUGCUCAUCUGGGGCUGGUUUCCGUAGCUUUUAUUGCUUCUUUUGGUGUUAAAUUGGUUUGGUGGGAGAGUGGAUUUAAAGUUGCCAAGGCAAUUUCGCUUCAAAUUUCUCCAACUUUUGUAAUUCAUAAUUUGGAAUCUAUUUCAUUUUAAUUUGAGUGUUUCAGAUCUGAUUGGCGGCCUUAGGGUUUAUUUAUGACCAGUAAAGAUCUGUACUUUCUUUAUUCAAAUAAUUUUUCUUUCGAAUUUUCGUCGAUUUUGGAAAGUGGGUCUUUUCUAGAUUCUUCGGGUUAUGCUUCCAUAAAAAAGGUAUUCGGAUUCCCUGCAAAUGCUUCAUGAUUUAAAGCCUGUUUUCUCGUCUUAAAACCCCCACCUCUGCAUUUCCUCUCUGGGUUCUCCCUCCUUUGCUCUCUACUUCUCUGUUCCAUCGAAAUCAAAAUCUCGAACCUAUUCUCCGGAAUCGAAUUAUCAAACUGUAGCAAACUCAAGGACUUUCCUCUUUCCGUGGAAGGAGAGAGAGGGAGGCUGACUGGCCCCCCGCGAAUUCUGAGAUUAUUAUUUUUUUUUUCAUCGGAUUGGUAUGAGCUGUAAUUCUGUGCUGUAACUGUAAUUCGGAAACGAUGAGAUCGGGAAUGGAAAUUCUCUCUCCGGCUUCCUAUCAUCAUACCAACUCGAAUUGGUUUCUUCAUGAGAGAAAGAGCAGGGCAUGGACCCAUGAAGAGAACAAGAGGUUUGAGGAUGCUCUUGCGGUAUAUGAUAAGGACACUCCUGAUCGAUGGAUGAAGGUGGCGGCAAUGAUUCCAGGCAAGACCGUGGAGGACGUGAUGAGGCAGUACAAUGAAUUGCUGGUCGACGUUGGCCAUAUAGAAGCUGGCCGGAUCCCGAUUCCUGGGUAUCGCACCCCUUCUUUCACAUUAGACUGGACCAACAAUCGUGGGUUCGACGGGUUUAAGCAAUCGUUUAGCCCCGGCGGCAGGAGAGCUACCUCCGGUCGGCCCUCUGAUCAGGAGAGGAAGAAAGGGGUCCCAUGGUCAGAAGAUGAGCACAGGUUGUUUUUGUUGGGCCUUAAAAGGUAUGGUAAGGGAGACUGGAGAAAUAUCUCGAGGAAAUUCGUUGUCACUAGAACACCGACUCAAGUAGCUAGCCAUGCCCAGAAGUACUUUAUCAGGCAGCUUUCAGGAGGAAAAGAUAAAAGGAGAUCCAGCAUCCACGACAUCACAACUGUCAAUAUCACAGACACUAGACCUCCCUCACCGGACAAUGAUAGAGCCCCUUCACCGGAUCAUUCUAUAGUGCUUCCCCAGCAAUCUAAUUUGGCUGUCACACCCAAAGUACAGUUUGAUUGGAGUCAGCCAAACAAUGGGCCUGCCAUGGUUUUCAACCAAACAAAUGGUAACAUGUUCAUGUCACCUUCUUCUGGGGUAGCUUCUUAUGGGCAUAAACUACAAGGGCAACAUCAACCAAGAGAAGCUUCUUAUGGAUAUCACUUUGGACCUCAGCAUUCAAUAUUUCAGAUGCAAUCCUCACAAUACCACCAGAUAGCAUGACUGUCUUUUGAGUUCUCAAUGCUUUUGUCAUGGUUUCUAUGUGAAUAUGUGGAUGUAGACUUGAAGUAGUUCAUAGUAUCAGAAAAAUAGGAGAUAAGAUCAUAUAUUGUGCUUUGAGUUUCAAAGCCUGAAUCUUGAAACUGAGGGAGAGGAUUUUUGAACACGGGUUUCUCUGUGUUAAAGAUUUCAUGUUGAAUUUGAGGUGUCUUCUUUGGAUCAGAUAUUCUAAUAUGGGGUUGAAGGAGAUGGUAAGGAAAUGCAGAGUCAUUUGUAAAUAUGCCUUGAUGUUAUGUAAGAAUUGACAUUUUGGGGAAAUGGCAUUCAAGCAGUAGAUUUGAUCAGAUAAUGGGUUGUCCAGUUAUUAUAUGAUCUGUUUUACUUUAGGAUGCUUUCCCUCAAGAUGAAGAUUUCUAUACAGAGAGAUCUGUAUCAGCGAGACGGUAUCUGCAGUUCAUGUUACUGUGAUGAAUGAAAUUGCUCGAACCAGUGAGAUAAGCUUCUUAGAGUUUAAACCAAAGGAUUGAUAUAUUCCAGGGAUCAUCUGCUUAAAACUAAUGAUAGGUAGAAAGGAUUAGAAAAUGGGUUUAUUUUAAAGUUGUUAAUAUUAUUAGUUCCAUCAUCAAAUAUAUUUGAUUCCAAAGUACCACCAGUCCUAAACCUUUGUACCUCUUGUCUCCAUUACUUUGAAUUAUAUUAUUCCUGUCUUGUUCUCUA